UUCUAGAGUAAGAAAAGAUAAUCAAACCGGAAUUAAUUUCGGUUUGUUUUGGUAGAUCACAUAGUUUAACAGUUAACACUACAAAACAGAGGAAAACAGAGUAGAAGACAAAAGACUGAAAGCUGAAACCUUUCCAAAAAUGGCAAAGAACCCUUACUCACUCUUCUUCUUAGGUCUACUAACGUAUUUUACACUCGCCAGUUUCCCGGUGAUCGUUUCCGGCCAACCCCCUCUCUUAUUCACUUUUGGCGACUCUUCCUACGAUGUGGGCAACACGAAGUUCUUCUCCUCGGAAUUCGAUCCAGCCACCGCUUGGCCUUACGGCGACUCCGUCGAUGAUCCAACCGGUCGUUGGUCUGACGGCCACAUUGUCCCAGACUUCGUCGGUCGAUUGAUUGGUCAAGGGGAACCAAUUCCUCCGGUACUUGAUCCAAAAGCUGAUCUUUCCCGAGGAGCAAGCUUCGCUAUGGCUGGAGCAGUUGUUCUUGGAUCUCAAUCCAAGACUGUAACUAUGAAUUUUGGAGAACAGAUUUCGAAAUUUGUAGAGUUGCAUAAGAAAUGGACUGAUAAAGAAAGAGCAGAAGCUAUAUACAUGCUCAACAUCGGAGCUGAUGAUUACUUGAAUUUCGCAAAGGAUCAUCCAAAUGCUAAUCUUGUGGAGCAGAUUGCUCAUGUUGCCAACGUUCUCUCUAGGAUAUCAAGAGAGCUCAUGAAAUUAUACAAGUCAGGUGGGGCGAGGAAGUUAGCGGUACAGAGCUUAGGACCGCUUGGUUGCUUACCGAUAGUGAGACAAGAGUUAAAGACAGGUGAAAGUUGUAUGGAGAUGGUUAACUUCAUGGUGAAAACACACAAUGAAAGGCUUAGUCGUGUGCUCCAUGCGAUGACCGUACCAUACCGUGGCUUAAGGUACAGCUUCUUUGAUUUCAACGGUGAAAUCCUCCGGAGGAUCAAUGAACCAUCACUCCACGGGUAUACUGAUACAACGACUUCUUGCUGUGGUACUGGAUCGAGAAAUGCAUUCGGGUGUGGUUAUAGCAACGUGCAUUCAAAGCUCUGCAGCUACCAGAAAUCGUUUCUGUUCUUCGACGGGCGUCACAACACCGAGAAAACCGAUAAAGAAAUCGCUAAUUUGUUUUAUUCUGGAGACAAACAUGUUGUCUCGCCGGUGAAUAUAAGGGAUCUCGUAGGUAAAUCUGUGUCCUAUCUUCCAGCGCAAGAAAUCUAGAAACCCCCCCCUCCCCCAAUCGUGUUCUGUUUCUUUGUGAAAUAAGUAAAUGGUUGUUGUUGUAAGCUGUAACACUCGAAUUCCAUUUCAUACCGAAACGAGGAUAUACAAACAAAAAAAAAAACCGUUUACAUUAAA